AUGAGCGGGAAAGGGUGUCAGCUCCUGGUGUCACCUUGUAAUGUGUCCCCAUCGCUAAGUGUGAUCAGAGGACACCAGUCCCAGUCCAUCAGGAUGCCUGUAUCUUCCUCUCAGCAGAGCAACCUUAGUUCCUCUUCUGGGAGAAUGCAGAAAGUGAAAAGAGGGACCGUUCAUUCCUUUGCCUGUGAAAAACAGAGUGAAACUCAUGUUAUGCUGCCAAGCCUGAGUCUUCGCAGACAGGUGUUGACCAAUGGAAAACAUCUAAACAUGCCGAGUAGAUCCCCGCACCAGCAACCACCUACUCAACAUCCUAUAAACACAAAAGGGGCAACUGCCAUACAGACAAGACUCUCUGACAGCUUUAAAGCAGAUUGCUCUCUGUCUGGGCCUACCAUGGAUGUAUUUGGUCAAGCAGCUGCUGUUAAUGUAACAGUGACCAGCAGUCCCAUGGCUCUUGUCAAAGGCCAGCCAUAUACUGCAGGACCCGCAGUGCCUCACCCUCCUCCGCAGUCUCAUAGUGUGCCGGUUCCCCUCUCUGACACCAGGUCCUUACUGUCCAGAGAAUCCUUGGCAUCCACCACCCUCAGUCUGUUUGAAACACAGUCAAUGUUUAGUGGCAGACAUGACUGGCCAUAUGGUUACCGUGUGCUUCCUCCUCUGGGAUUACCUCAGUGCUCUGCCCAAGCCAGCGAGGGCGGCGAGCAGCUCAGCCUUUCUCCUGGCACGGCCAUGUCGGGCACGACCAUAUCCGGUGGCACAAGCACUUCUGCCUCCUUGCCUUCAUACCUCUUUGCAGGUGAGGCCGGAAGCCCCAGACAGACACGCGCUAAGAAGAGAGCACUCUCCAUGUCGCCUUUGUCAGAUGUCAUGGGUAUAGAUUUUAACUCCAUUAUACGCACAUCACCUACCUCACUUGUAGCAUAUAUCAACGGUUAUACCUCUCCAGCCUCCCACCCCACACUCUCACCUGUUCAGUCCGAGAGUUACGGUCACUUCCUGGGCGUGAGAGGCCGCUGCAUCCCACAGAGCCAUCUGUACAGCAUGACAGGCUCUUCACAAGCUCUGGCCCCGCAGUCGACAUGUGGAAAUAUGCAGAUGCUUGAGGAGGGAAUGGGCCUGGAAAGCCAGAUGGCUAACAUGGUGGUGGAACAGCAGUGCCUCCCAGAUGAAGAAGGGGUGCUGGAGAAGACCUCAGACAGCUGCAGCCCAGCCGCCAAUAAAAUGCUGCUACCUCUACAGUUAGAGCCAUCGCUGUUGACUCCUGUCUCAGAAUCCACUCCUCCACAUGGGCCUCCACCACCCUACCACUCACACCAGCACAUUCACCUCUCCAGACAUCAGUGCAAAAAAAAGCCCCUUACUCAGGACCCUGUCACAAAGGGUGCCAUUCCCCCGGUCCAUCCCAGGCACGGGGUCAGUUUUUUACCCCAGAUUCCAAUGCUGGAGGAAGAAGAAGGAGAACUGGAGGAGUAUGGGGCUCACUGCUGCAGGUGGUUGGACUGCAAUGCAGUUUAUGACCAAAAGGAGGAGUUGGUAAGGCACAUAGAAAAGCUGCAUGUGGACCAGCGGAAGGCUGAGGAUUUCACAUGUUACUGGGCAGCCUGUCCACGCAACUUCAAGCCAUUCAAUGCACGAUACAAGCUUCUUAUCCACAUGAGGGUCCAUUCAGGAGAAAAACCCAACAAAUGCUCGUUCGAAGGUUGCAACAAGGCUUUCUCUCGGCUCGAAAAUCUAAAGAUCCACCUGCGUAGCCACACGGGGGAAAAACCUUAUCUUUGUCAGCACCCAGGCUGCCACAAGGCUUUCAGCAACUCGAGUGACAGAGCUAAGCACCAGCGUACACACCUGGACACAAAGCCAUAUGCAUGCCAGGUGCCUGGCUGUGCAAAGCGUUACACUGAUCCCAGCUCCUUGAGGAAACAUAUGAAGUCCCACUCAACAAAAGAACGACACUUACGAAAGAAGAUAAAAUCCACUGCUGAUGUGACCCAGGACACCCUGACAGACUGUUUAACCAUCCACCCUCUGCAGCCAAGCCUCUCUCCUCUGGCAAAGCUAGACAACAACUUGAACCUAUCGCCUGGUGCCUCCCAUGAGUCAUACUCCGCUGCUCCACAGGGAGAAGACUCCUGCAGCAAUCCUCACCUGAGUCUGUUGUUCUCCUCCUCCUUGCAAGAUAAUUACAGGUUUGUUGAUCCUUCCCCUUGCCAGCUCUUCCCUGGGGACCAGUGCAGACCUUGUUCUUCCACCUGCCUCCCGCAUCCUCCCUGUGGGACAUCCCUGCAGAACAGCUGUGAUUUGAAGCAGGUUAGCCAGCCUCCUGACAUGGCAAAUCGCAGCCCAGGAUUUGGUGUCCACUAUCAAGCAGAAAAUUUAGCUGCUAAUCAAGAAUUACAUGGAGGGGAUUUCUUCAGUGUGAUGGACCAGGACACAAGUCACAUCUCCUGCAUCUAUACAGAGGGAUGA